UGUUAACCUUAUUUGCAUUGGAAGCAAUCCCCAAAUCAACACUCAAAAAUUAAAGCCCUCACCGGCCACAACCUCCAGCCCCUCUCUUCUCUGUUCACUAACAGCGUCUCAGCGACCAGUAAACCCAGUGGCGCAGUGCGAACGGAGCAGCAAGACUCUCUUCCGACGUUUCUCAGUCUCUCAGCGGGAAGACUGAUUCCUUGCAAUUUUCUUAAUCAGUUUGAAGUUUUGAUUCUCCUGUUGGAACUGAAGUGAAGUUUUAUUACCCACGGAAGGGUUUGUGGAAGAAGAUCAAUUUUUUUUUCAAUGGAUCCCAAAUAUGCAGGAGAAACCUUGAAGCAUCUAGAGAAAGAAAGUGAACUACUCUUGAAUGCCCAUAAAGCAAUGUCAGAUGAAUUGCACAGGCUUCAGGUUGAGGAAGAAAUGAUGAUGCGCAAGUUACAUGAACUUAUUUCAGCUCACAAUCUAAGUAAAAAGAAAGGCUUAAAUGAUAAUGCUGAGAAAAGGCAGAAUGACCAGGAAGGAGCACCGGUCGACAUGACUAAUGGUGCUGAUGAAAGGCAGAAUGACCUGGAAGGUGACAUGACUAAAGAUUUCUUCUUGCUUAGUAAUUUAAUCAACAGAGCUAUAUUGCAACAUCCAGUCCUGCAUCUGACACAAGGGAUGUUUGGGCAACCCUUCACUCCACGAACUUUUGUGGUUGAGGGUUGGUGUGUUUGUGACAGGAUGGAGUUUGAACUGUUAAGCUGAAGGAUUUUCAGACGUCAAACCUCCGACCCUCCAAACAAAUAAGUGACAAUUUGCUUAGAUUUUUCUGGAAUUUGGCUCCUUCUGUAUUUACAAAUCUAUCCAUGCAUUAGAAGUGAAGGUUGUAAGGCCUUUGUUUAAAAAGAUCAUUUGUAAAAAUAAAUAACUUGUUUUGAGUCCCUGUGAAUGCACACUCGCGGCUUCCUGUGCAA